AUGGAAAAGUCUUCAAAAGCUACUGGAUAUGAUAACGUUUUCUUUAAAAACAAAAAGGAAGUUGUAGGUUUGAAGUGCUCCAAUGGCUACUUUGGCAGCGAUUGCUCCACGGAAUGCAUGUUUACAAAAUAUGGAGAAGACUGCCAAUAUUACUGCCAAUGUAUCAAACCUAAAAGCCACUUUUCACAUGGAUGUCUCAAGAAAACGGCAACCUUUAAUCGCUACCAAAUUUCAAGUAGUUAUAGCAAUAUUCUUCCAAAUCUACAACAACUAACAACUGUUUUGUUUUUAAAGAAAACGUUCUCAUAUCCAGUGGAUACAGAAGACUCUUCCUUAUGUACCCAUAAACGGAGUAAUACUACAGUGAAUUAUUUCCCUAAUAACACUAAUGUGCUAUAUAACAAAUUUUUUUUUGUAGGAUUUUUGGGGGUUUUCGUGUUGUAUUUCAUUGUAUUUGUUGUUGCUUUUAUUUAUCUCAUACUUUUCCGAAAGAACCCAAAUUCGAUUGAAAUAAAAGAGAGUGAGUGGAAGGCUCCAUAUCAAUCGCUGCAUCUUGAAACAGUAGGGAUUCAAAGUACACCAUAUCCUGUAUCACGCGAACAAUCAAAUGCAGAUUCUACGUACUUGUCGCCAGGUUUUAAUCAAAACGUAAAUGGCAAUACCAGUGACUUGCAGGGACAUGAUAUAAUACCUGGACCCAACGUAGUUUCAGAAGAACAAGCUUUAGGCAGACAAAGAUUCAUUCAUGACUUUCCGUAUGCAAAAAAUGAAUUCAACGUUACUCUGGCUAAUCGAGCAGAUCAUGUCUACAUCGAAAUAACAGACAGUAGCGAAGAAAAUUUAAAUUUUGCGGUUCAUUAUGGCUGUGAAUCUAAUGUCAUUAGCAAUAACAAAAAAGAGCUUCUUUGGACGAAUCGGUUGUAUACAUGA